AUGUGGGUGUUGCCACUGGUGGGCUAUUUGGGCCUCAUCCUAGGCUUCGGCUUCCUCACCCUGGCCAUUGCCUCGGGCCUGUACUAUCUUUCAGAGCUUGUCGAGGAACAUACGGUCCUCGCAAAGAAGCUGCUCACGCGCAUGAUCUAUGCCGUGAUGGUGCUGCAGCUAUUCCUGUGGCUUGUCGAUAGCUUCCCCCUCAGUUUGAGCAUCCUAAGCAUCGUGUCUCACGUCGUCUAUGCGCAAAACCUGCGCCGCUUCCCCAUUGUCAAGCUGACCGACCCGCUGUUCAUACUAUCCUGCAUCCUGGUCCUUAUCAACCAUUAUCUGUGGUUCCGCCACUUCUCGACGCCUCCUCCUCGCUCAAACUACUACCCGUACAACACCAGCCGCGACUACUCGAUUCCGACUUUCACUGAGAUUGCAUCAUACUUUGGGCUUUGCGUGUGGCUGGUCCCGUUCGCGCUCUUUGUGUCUCUCAGCGCCGGGGAGAAUGUGCUGCCGAGCAUGGGCAGCGAGUACGCGACGGGUGAGGGAAGCAGCUUCAUUGCACCCGGCCAGGAGCCGAGCGGCGGUGCCGCGAAGAAAGCCAAUGUAGGACUGGCCAAGGCGGCGGUUGACGGCGUGAGGGAUUGGCUGGGCGAGACGGGCGAGGUCAUGGGAUUCUGGAAAGGCGACAGGGUGAAGCGUUUCUAA